AUGUUUGUAACAGAUCCUGAAAGCAUUGAAACUGCAUCGUUUAGAAAGGUGUGGAUCAUGACUGCACAGAUUGAUUUUGUGCUCUCAAGCUUUCAAGUCACGUGGGAUCUCCAAAUGUUUCAUGGGGCUCUUUCCUUCACUGUUCAUUCAAGAGCAGUUGUAGGUUUCAAGGAGUUUCUUCAGACCAUAAAACCUCAUUCAGGCUACAGAGAUGGUUUUCUGCAGGACGUUUGGGAACAAUUACUUGAUUGUUCAUUCUCAAAAUCAGAGUUACAAGAAAUGUCCAGUAGGCAGUGCCCGGGGGAGAUAAAACUGGAGGAUCUUCCUGGGCCUGUGUUUGAAAUGGAAAUGACUGGACAAAGCUACACUGUCUACAAUGCUGUUUAUGCUGUGGCUCAUGCUUUGCAGGCUCUAUUCAUGUCAGGGUUCAAUAAGAAAAAAACAAUAAUGGUUAUUCUGAGCUGCCCUAUGAGUGAUGCUUUCCCUAUUCCCCAUGAGUGGUACCAGCCUGGUGGCCUCAUUGUUGGUGGGAUGGUGUCUCAGAUAAUUUACCACUUUUUUGAAAUUGAAUUUAAGGAACAUCCUUCUCUAAAACCUUAUGAUUUACCACUUGUAAUAACUAAGUUCUACCAGCACAUUCUUGCCUUGGCCUUUGCUGUGAAGGAGAUCAAUGAGGACUCCCAGAUCUUACCUAACGUCACUCUUGGGUUCCACAUCUAUGACAGUUACCACAAUCCAAGGAUGACCUAUCGCACUACUCUGGACCUGCUUUUCAAAUCCCAGGAUUUUGUCCCUAACUACAAAUGCGAUAGCCAGAAGAAUCUCAUAGCCAUCAUUGGAGGAUUAGGUUCGGAUACAUCAUCUUAUAUGGCAGAAAGUGUAAAUGUCUACAAAAUUCCACAGUUGACUUAUGGUUCCUUUGCCCAAGAAGAUUUUCAGAUUACUAAGUUAUCUCCACUUUAUUGCAUGGUCUCAGAAGAAUUUCAGAGUAACAAAUUAUCUUCACUUUAUUGCAUGGUGCCAAAUGAGGACAAUCAGUACAUGGGACUUAUACAACUUCUUCUCCAUUUUGGAUGGACAUGGAUUGGAGUCUUUGCUUUUGAAAAUAAGGGAGAACGUUUUUUGCAGAAACUGCAGCCAUUGAUUUCACAGAAUGGGAUCUGUUUAGCUUUCACACAAAAAAUUCCACAACAUAUCCAGUUAGAAGACUUGUCCGAAUUGUCUAAUUCAGUCUCAAUUAUUUCUGAUAAACUGGUAGAUCAGAAAGCAAAUGUUUUUCUUGUCUACGGAGAAUCGUUCACAAUAGUGUGGCUCAGAACUGUCAUGUUUCUACGUGAUCCUGAAAAUAAAGACAGAUCAUUAUUCAGAAAGGUUUGGAUCCUGAUGAAUCCAAUUGAUUUCAUACUGACAGGAACUCACAGGGACUGGGAUCUCCAGUUGUUCCAUGGGGCUCUUUCCUUUACAGUGCAUGCAAGAGAAGUUCAAGGCUUCAAAGAAUUUCUUCAAGUCAUCAAACCUUCAAUCCACAAAGAUGGAUUUCUUCAAGAGGUUUGGCAACAGUUGUUUGACUGUAUAUUUUCAAAGGCAGAUUUACCUUCAUUGAUCAGUGAAACAUGUAGUGGGGAAGAGAAUCUGGAGAAUUUGCCUGCACCUCUGUUUGAAUUCCAGAUGACUGGCCAAAGCUACAGUAUCUACAAUGCUGUUUAUGCAGUGGCACAUUCUUUGCAUGAGGCAAUAAGAUCAAAAUCCCAACCAAGAGAGAUUCAAAGGGUUGAAUUUCCAAAUCUGCAGCCUUGGCAGCUCCAUUCAUUUCUUCAAGGCAUUUCUUUUAACAAUUCAGCUGGGGAGAGAGUCUUCCUGAAUGAGAAAGGGGAAGCAACAGGUGGAUUCGACAUCACCAACUUGAUCACUUUUCCAAAUAGAUCCUUUCAGAGAGUUAGAGUUGGAAAGAUGGAUCCUCAUAUUCUCAACAGGAAGGAAUUAUUCAUUGAUGAAGAGCUGAUUAUCUGGCACCCAGGUUUUAACCAGGUUAUUCCAUUUUCUCAGUGUAAUGACCAUUGCUACCCUGGCUAUUGGAAACAAGGGUUGGAAGGAAAACAGUUCUGUUGCUACAACUGUGUUCCUUGCCCAGAAGGGAAAAUUUCAGAUCAAAAGGAUAUGGAUGACUGUUUUCAAUGUUCAGAAGAUCAUUAUCCAAAUAAAGAAAAGAAAGGCUGUAUUUUGAAACAGGUAGUCUUUCUAACUUUUGAAGAACCCUUAGGAAAUACUUUAGCUUUAGCAUCUCUUUGUUUCUUCUUCUUGACUUCUUGGGCACUUGGAAUAUUUAUUAAACACAGGGAUACUCCCAUUGUCAAAGCCAACAACAGGUCCCUCACCUACACCCUUCUUGUUUCUCUUCUGCUCUGUUUUUUCUCCUCUUUGUUGUUCCUCAGCCAACCUGACAAGGUGACCUGCCUUCUCCGACAACCAACUUUUGGCAUCACUUUUUCAGUGGCCAUUUCUAGUGUACUGGCCAAAACCAUCACUGUAGUUGUGGCUUUCAUGGCCACUAAACCAGGGUCUCAAAUGAGGAAAUGGGUGGGGAAAAGAUUGGCCUUUUCUACUGUACUUUGCUGUUCUCUCUUGCAAGUAUGUAUUUGUACGCUUUGGUUGUCAACAUCUCCACCGUUCCCUGAGUUGGACAUGCAUUCAGAGCUCCAAGAAAUGAUUUUACAGUGCAAUGAGGGGUCAGCUUUCUUUUUCUACUGUGUUUUGGGCUACAUGGGUAUCUUAGCCAUUGCCAGCUUUAUUGUGGCUUUUCUUGCCCGUAAAUUACCUGACAGCUUUAAUGAAGCCAAGUUCAUCACCUUUAGUAUGUUGGCUUUCUGCAGUAUUUGGGUCUCCUUUUUUCCAGCCUAUCUGAGCACAAAAGGCAAAGCCAUGGUAGCUGUGGAGGUCUUCUCCAUCUUGUCCUCCAGUGCUGCAUUACUGGGAUGCAUAUUUUUGCCAAAGUGCUACAUCAUUGUUUUCCGGCCUGAGUUAAACCACAAAGAGCAACUCAUAAAGAGGACUUAA